CCUAACUUCCAUAAUUUCUUACAACUUUUCUUUUAAAGCAGCCAUAAGCAGCUUACCUUCAUCUACCUAUCGUAACAACUUUUUUUCCUUUUGUUCUGAGGGCCUUGGCAGUAAUGCAUUUAUUAUAUCAUUAUUAAAAAGAAUAAGAAAAAGAAAAACCUGUUAUCUGCAGAAAUAAAAUUUCGAUCCCAACCAAUAGGUGUUAAGUCAUCCGAUUCUUAUUAGGCUGCAACCUAACCUCCGGUCUGCCUUUCGCCGCUUUACCGUUUGUCGUAUGCCGCAUGCCACCUUUGACUAGGUUCCCGAAAGUAUGCCUUGAUCGCAUACUUUAUUGCUCGCACAAAUUUGGGCGAACUUAAAUAUUGAUUAGACAAAGGCAGAAAAAACCCCCAAAACCAAAAGCAAAAACAAAAGUCACUAUGCCGCCGCUGUCUUCGCAAGCCGACAGUACGUCGAAUCGACAAGGUGUGAGGCCCGAAAGUUUACUCUCGACUUCUGUCAAUCGACUUGCAAACGCCCUGGCACCUGACUCAUUCGAUCAAGAAAACCGCCAGCCGGCAGUUGACAAACGCACAACCGCAGAUCAGACCAGACAAGAUAGACGAACUGGCGAGGCUCGAAACUUCCAUGAUAACGCCGAAGAAGCUGUUCCUCAAGAACAACUGGUGCGUCAGCUACAAGCGCUACCGCAACAGAGGGAAGGCCAAACCCGAGAAAUGAAAGAGAAAAUGGGUCCAAGAAGAGUUGUUAGCAAUUUUCUACCCGAUGCUGUCAACGCAUUCAGAACUGCAUCCCAACUUUUGACAGAGUUCGAGUUAUCGGGUGCCAUGCCACUGCAGUCUCAACCAUCCGGAUCGCGACAUUCUAGUGGCGCAAUUCGACGUCGAACUCGCCAUGAGAAUCCUGAUGGCGAUGAUGAUGAUAGUGAUGAUGCUAGCGACGAUAGCACCGAGCUGGGAAGAUACGCUUACCCCGGUUUAGUGAAAUCAGAGGAGGUGCAGCAAAAAGAACUAGAUAAUCUUUUGUCUAUGCCGGAAAUUGACAUCCCUCCCGAACAGCGACAGGGCACACCCGCUGCCAUGUCUUGUACGCUAAUGGAACACCAGAAGGCUUGCUUGACUUGGUUAAUACAGCAGGAGGAAGACGUCCAUAAGAGAGGGGGUAUUUUAGCAGAUACCAUGGGCCUUGGUAAGACUGUUCAAGCGCUGGCCUUGAUAUUAGCACGCCCUUCAAGAGACCGCGCUCACAAAACAACACUUAUUGUUGCUCCGCUUUCCCUUCUUAAGCAGUGGGAACGAGAAAUACGGACCAAGGUUAAACCAGCCCAUAAACUAAAAACAAUCAUCUUGCAUGGUCAAGCAAAGCGUGGAAUGACUGUUCCCAGGCUCCUUACCUACGACGUUGUCCUAACCACUUACGGUACUGUCCGUUCAGAGUACAACGAUCUGCGAAACUCGAAGAAGAAACCGCUAAUCUUGGCUAAUGAUGCUACCUUCCAUCGAGUCAUUCUUGAUGAAGCUCAUAACAUCAAAAACAGACGUGCAGUCUCUACGAAGGCCGUAUGUAGGAUCAAGUCUACCUAUAGGCUUUGUAUGACAGGUACUCCAUUCAUGAAUAGGGCUGAGGAAAUAUUUCCACUCAUCCAUUUUCUUUGUAUUAGGCCUUACAAUGACUGGGAAACAUUCAAAUGGGAAAUCAACAGACCACUGAAGAGUUGGAAUAACGACUUCCAUGGUGAGGCCAUGAGGAAGCUACAGGCCCUGCUCCGGAGCAUAACCUUGCGGCGAACCAAGACAAGCAUACUUGACGGCAAACCGAUCCUCCAACUACCAGCACUCGUGAAAGAAGAGGCCGCAAUCAAGUUCGACAAAGAUCAGCAAGAAUACUACGAUGCUCUGGAAACGAAACAGCGACUAAAGGUGAACCAAUAUCUUAGGGCCGGGACUACGAUGAAUACAUACGCUUACAUUCUCUUAUUAUUACUACGCCUACGUCAAGCCUGCUGUCAUCCACACCUUAUCAGAGACUUCGGAGUCCCGGAAGGCAUACAGCUCUCGUCGGACGAAAUGCGCCAACUCGUCUAUAAGUUCAAGUCCAGGGUGGUAAGGAGACUCAAAGAGCAGGAUGGAUAUGAAUGCCCACUUUGCCAUGAAAAGACCGACAGUCCCCUUAUCAUAUACCCUUGUGGUCAUCUGAUUUGUAGUACCUGUUUCUCUAUCAUGAUGGAGGUGCAGAAUGGGAAUUCCGAACAACCGCAAAAGUUUUGUCUGCAUGAAAACUGUAACUCGGAAAUUGACUCUAAACACGUCAUCUGCUACUUCUCUUUCAUGGAAGUAUAUAUGCCCGAGAAGCUCGGACUGGAUGAUAGUGACAAUGACUCGGAUGGCUUCGAAACCUUUGACGACUCAGAUGAUGAGGUAGAUGCGCGCGGAAACCUGAAGGACUUCAUCGUGUCCGGAGAUGAGGAGGAAGAGGAGGAAGACGAUGAAGAUGACGAUGAAGAUGAUAAGACGGAAGACGAAGAAUAUGAAGAGGAACAGGAAGAAGAAGAGGAACAGGAGGAGGAAAAUGGUGGUUCAGAUGUGGAUGAUGCUUCUAUUUCGGGAAAGGCAAAUCCUAUACAGCACUUGGUAUCCACUGAUGCGAACAAGGAAGUCACGGAAAAAUUCGCAGAAGAUUCUGAUAACGAUUCUCUAAUGUCUUUGGAGGAGAUUUGGAAACGAGUUGACGCGAUGAAGUCUCUUAGCAAAGAUACACCUGAGCAAUCCAAGAAGCGCAAAGCCCCAAGCGAUUCGGCAUCUGACGUUGAUACAGAUAGGAAGACACCUCAAAGCGGAGAUAAGCGAAAACGCCCUAGUCGCGGGAAUCCUACAAAAUCAAAAAAGAGGAAGAUGGACAAUGCAGCUAGUAAGAAGCAGCGUAGGACUGGGAAGAAGAAGUUCACCUCUCUGGCCGCCUUGAAGCAAGCCAGCUCAACUAACGCUGCCGCGAAAGCCAAAUAUCUAAAACGUCUUAGAAAGGAUUGGGUGCCAAGCGCCAAAACUACUAAGACCAUGGAGAUAUUACAAGCGAUUAGAGAGAAGAAUCCCCAGGAGAAAACGCUGAUCUUUAGCUUAUGGACAUCUUUCCUCGACCUGCUAGAGAUUCCUAUACAAGACCAAGGCUUCAAAUAUACGCGCUACGAUGGCUCGAUGCAUCAUCGCGACAGAGAUGCCGCCGUGAAGAGUUUUAUGAAUAACCCCGAGGUGCAGAUCAUGUUGGUUAGCUUGUCUGCCGGCAACGCAGGGCUGAACCUCACAGCAGCAACCCAUGUCAUCAUCCUCGAGCCUUUCUGGAACCCUUUUGUUGAAGAGCAGGCUGUUGACCGGGCCCAUCGUAUCGGUCAAAAGAAGGAGGUCACUGUCCACCGUGUCUUGAUCGAAGGAACGGUUGAAGACCGCAUUCGAGAGCUGCAGGAGAAAAAACGCGAUCUAGUUAAUGCAGCUCUCAGCGAGGAGGGCGCACGAGGUGUUGGUCGGUUGAGCCUUUCGGAACUGAAAGGUUUAUUUGGUUUCCGCCGCUAAUACUAACUUGUUCGCCCCGGUAGGAGUGAAUUGUGCCAACGUCAGAGAUUAUUACCGUUGCCGCCUUGGCUUCACUUCAGAUACCAACGGCGUUAACUAUGAUAAAAUGGGCAAAACCCAUCUAUUUGAUCGACCAUCUACUUGUAUCCAACACUUCUCUCAUAUCACUUGAUUGAAUAUGGCUCAAGUAGAUGCUUGUCGGUGGCGGUGCGCUUUAUACUUGCCUACCUCCGGGUAGGUACUUAAAGCUAUUUUGGUCGCAUAGAUUCUAAUAUGGACCACCGGAAGCUAAGACCUAGUCUUUAUGCUCGGAAAUUCGUCCAGCACUUGUAUCAAAACUGCUUGUAUGAUAUUGAUAGCUCGAGGAGCCGCACGUUUUCCAUCUCUAUUUAGAUUAAAAAGGAGAUAGUUGGGGCAACCCUGGUAUUGAGGUAAUUUGUCACUAUGAAGGACUUGGGUGAUGGCUUGAAGCCGAGUCCCAGUCACCAAGGCGUCAAUGGAAAAACAGGCUCCUAGAAAUGACUUAACGCUGUACGAAUGGGGUCUCGCGGGCAUCGGAGGAUCUGAACUUCAUGUUACAAAUCCGGGUACCCUUGUCAGUCGUACAUAGGUACCUACCUAGGUAGCAAUAUGGAUAAAUAAGUUUGCCUCUCUAGAUACCGGCCUGCCACGUCCCGGAUAAUUGAUAGGGAUGGUGUGCAUAUUUUUAGU